AAAAAUUAUACACAUUAUGAAGGAAUACAGAAAGAUAUAAGAUCGAUAUUCGGCAUUAACAAAAAUGAACAUACUCGCUUAUAGAAAUUGCGUAAGGACCGAAAAAUUUUAGUUACGUCUUGCCUCGUUCGUUCGUCACAUUUCGAGGCGCUACUCACGGGGCGUCGUAGUACGCUACGUCGAUCCUGCGUAAUGUUGACGUCAUCGGCGCGUGCGCGUCGCGUCGGGACGGCACUGCAGAAGCAGGCGAGUAAGCGAGUGUAUCGAUUUUACGAUCGUGCCUCUCUCGCGGUGCUAGUGCGUCCGUCGUUUCCUUUAGUUUUUUAGUGGCCGUGCACGUCGUACAUGGAUAAAACCGUGAAUGGGAUUACCCGCUAGACACGCCGCUCCGUACACCGCCCGCUGACUCGCAACUCCUCGUCACCCUUCAUCAUGACCAAGGAUAGAUUAGCAGCCCUCGUCGCGGCCCAGUCGGACGACGACGAUGUGGCGGACGAUGUGUCCGUCAACGUCGGGGCGCCGGAUGAUUUCAUGACAGAGUUUUUCGCGGAGGUGGAGGAAAUCCGCGAAAUGAUAGAUAGGAUCCAGACGAACGUGGAGGAUGUGAAGAAAAAGCACAGCGCCAUUCUCUCUGCGCCGCAGACCGACGAGAAGGUGAAACUGGAACUCGAAGACCUGAUGUCCGACAUCAAGAAAACUGCUAACAAAGUGAGGGCUAAGUUAAAGGUGAUAGAGCAGAACAUCGAGCAGGAGGAGCACACGAACAAAUCGUCGGCGGAUCUGAGGAUACGCAAGACUCAACACUCGACGUUGUCCAGGAAGUUCGUCGAAGUGAUGACGGAAUACAAUCGGACACAGACCGAUUACAGGGAGCGGUGUAAGGGGAGAAUACAACGACAGCUCGAAAUCACGGGGAGAACGACCACUAAUGAGGAGCUCGAGGAGAUGCUGGAGCAAGGAAAUCCAGCCGUCUUCACGCAAGGGAUCAUCAUGGAAACGCAACAAGCAAAACAGACCCUUGCGGACAUCGAGGCGCGUCACGCUGACAUCAUUAAACUCGAAAACUCCAUCAGGGAGCUACACGACAUGUUUAUGGACAUGGCUAUGUUGGUGGAGAGUCAGGGUGAGAUGAUGGACCGCAUUGAAUACUGCGUGAAUCAGACCAGCGACCACGUGGAUCAGGCCCGAGGCGAGCUGAUCAAAGCCGAAGAGUAUCAAAGCAAGGCUCGUAAGAAAUUGUUCCUGAUAGUGGUCUGUGUGACAAUAGCGGUCAUCAUUCUGAUUAUCAUUCUGGCAGUUAGCUUUAGUUAGCUUAAGUACGCGCGUGAUAAACAAAUAAGCACACAUUCGCAGAAUAAAUUUAACGAUAAAAAGAAAAAAAGAAAAAGUCGAAACGGGAUGCGGAAGUAUAUACUUUCAGUGCAUUUCUCGUUCUUAUCACGUCCUUCCGUUUUGAGGGACGACGAGCAAGGAUCGUAAUGGAAAAUCAGCGCUAAUCACGUCGAUCUUUCCUGGAGAGUUUGGAUAAUACAAUGCACGUCGCGGAUUUUCCAGCUCUCGAGAUGUCCUGCAGAAAGUCGUUACAUUUAUUGAUUCUUAAUAAAUUUUAUGCGUUUGUAAAUUUAUUAUUAUAACAUUAUCGAUUGCGAUCUCGCGCGGCGUGUCGUAUCGUUAUAGUCACAGAUAACUAAUCGUUUACUAAACACGGUAAUUAGGAUCCAUUCUGCGGAUGUAACUUCCUGGAGAACUACGUCCCGUAGACAUGUGAUUGUGAAUGUCGGUGGAACGCUGGUAGAAAUCAGGAACGGUGAUGACACGAGCGCUUGAAGGCUCAAUUAUACAAAGUUGAGGAACGAUCGCUUUGUCGAAGAGACUCACGGAGUUCUUUCUACUGCGCUUCGAUACGUCGGAAAGUACGCGAUAUUGAUUUUUAUUCGGUUUUUUUUUUUUUUUUUUUUAAAGUAAGAGCAAAGAAAAAUAUUCUGUUCGCUGAAAAUCCGAUGUAAUAGUUCGUAUAAAAUCGCGCAGCAAUAACUCUUAAAAUUUUCAGAAAAUUAAACAAUAUUUUUUGAAAGUACUAUCACGCAUUGUGAGCGCGCGUCCAAUUCUAGAAACGGUAAUAAAAAAAUAUCGGGAGAAAUUAUCUCGAAGAUUAGAUUUCCUUUGGACUGAAUAAAUGAAUAUGCCAUUGCCGAUUGCCUUCCCUCGUAUUCGAGCGCGCCGCCGCACUGCCUUUUGUUACUUUUUUCUAUAUUAUUUUUGCCAUUCGUUCUCUCGCUCUUCACCGUUCCGUCUAAGCGAAGUUACGACGCGAGUGAAAAAUGAAGACGACAACUGUGCGCAAUCGAGAAUUACGCAUGACGUACGAGAUCAAAGUUGUGCGCCCUUUCCGAAGUUCUUAAAAUAAAGUUUGCCGUCGAUUU